AUGACUUCCCAUCAAGAAAUGAUUAUCAAGCUUUUCGAAGAGAAUAGAAUCACAGACUAUCAUAGUCUCCACCACGCACCAACAAAAACUUCCGAAGAGUCCGCCAAGGUCCGCGGGGUUGAUUUGUCCUCUGGGGGCAAGGCUCUCGUCCUGAAGUAUCUCAAUGAUAGUGACGAAGAGUCAAACACAUUUGGUGUCUUUGUGAUGAGUGCUUCCCGCAAGCUGCAUACGAAGGCUAUCAAGAAGGAAUUCAAGACCAAGAAUGUCCGGUUUGCCAAUGCCGAAGAACUCGCAGGAUUGACCAACGGGCUGGUCCCAGGUAGUGUCCCACCGUUUGGCAAGUCAAUUCUCAACAUGGAAUUGUUUGUGGAUACCUCGAUUCAAGACAAUGAUAUCAUUGCCUUCAACUGUGGCUCGUUGACAGAUUCUAUCAUCAUGUCUACUUCGGACUAUAUUGCUGUGGCACAACCGACCAAAAUCUUUUCAUUUUCAAAAGAAUGA